AUGGGUGACGAAGAGGACUUCAGCUCCUUGCCCCUUACAGACCGGUGGGUACACAAGGUCUGGAAAGUACGCAAAGCAGCAUACGAAGAGGCCGCUCAGGCAUUCGAAAAGACCCCCGACGAAUAUGAUCCCGCAUUUCGACCCUUCGUCCAGGAUCCCGGCUUGUGGAAGAGCGCUGUUGCGGACUCCAACGUCGCUGCGCAACAAGAGGGCAUGGCUGCUCUUUGCGCAUUCCUAAAGUUUGGCGGCCGUGAAGGCGCUGUUCGAUCGAGACAACAUACCAUCACGUCCAUUGUCGAAAAGGGUCUCCCGUCUACCAGACCUGCCAUCAAGACCAACUCUCUCGAAGCGCUUCUCCUCUAUAUCGAACUCGACGUUCCUGGCCCCGUUAUCGAAGAAAUCCUUCCCGCCCUCUCCAACAAGGUCCCCAAGGUCGUCGCUGCUGCGCUCGCUGCGCUGACGGCCAUUUUCCACAACUAUGGCUGCAAGACGGCAGACCCCAAGCCCGUGCUCAAGUUCUUGCCCAAGGUCUUUGGCCACGCGGACAAGAAUGUAAGAGCCGAGGCUACUAACCUCACCGUCGAGUUUUACAGAUGGUUGCGCGACGCCAUGAAACCCAUGUUCUGGGGUGAACUUAAGCCGACUCAACAAAGCGAUCUAGAAGCACAAUUCGAAAAGGCCAAGGCCGAAGGCGCUCCCAAGCAAGAGCGUCUUCUUCGAUCGCAGCAAGCUGCGCAGGCCGCCGCACCUGCAGGAGGCGGUGAUGAAGAUGAAGAAAUGGCGGACGCACCCGAGGAAGAGGAGGUUGGAGAAAUCGACGCAUUCGAUUUGGCCGAACCGCAGGAUAUCAUGAGCAAAGUACCAAAAGAUUUCUUCGACAAUAUCGCCUCGUCAAAGUGGAAGGAGAGAAAGGAGGCAUGCGAGGGUCUUUACGCUGCUGUCAACGUUCCGAGGAUCAAGGAAGGAGACUUUAACGAGAUCACACGUUGCUUGGCAAAGUGUAUGAAGGACGCCAAUAUUGCCGUCGUCACGCAGGCAGCACAGUGUAUCGAGCUACUUGCAAAGGGUCUGCGAAGGGGCUUUGCCAAGUAUCGCUCCACCGUCAUGCAGCCUAUCCUCGAGCGUCUCAAGGAAAAGAAACAGACAGUGGCAGAUGCGUUGGGUGCUGCCCUCGAUGCCGUUUUCCUGUCGACGGAUCUAACGGAAAACAUGGAGGAUAUCACAGAGUUCCUCAAAAAUAAGAACCCUCAAGUCAAGGAAGGUACCAUGAAGUUCCUCGUCAGGUGCCUGCGCACAACCAAGGACGUUCCCAGCAAACAAGAGAUCACGAGCAUGGUUGAGUCCGCGAAAAAGCUUCUUUCCGAAGGCAGCGAAGCUCUUCGUUCAGGUGGUGCUGAAAUUUUGGGUACGAUUAUGAAGAUCAUUGGGGAAAGGGCAAUGAAUCCACAUCUGGAAGGCUUGGACGACAUCCGGAAGAACAAGAUCAAGGAGUUCUAUGAGGCUGCCGAGGUCAAGGCCAAGGAUAAGCCAAAGCCGCCUCCGCCAGCAGCUCGGGCACCGCCCCCGGGUCCUGCAAAGAAGGGUCCCGUCAAGAAGGCCCCUCUCGGCGCCAAGAAGCCAGCAGGAUUUGGAGCGGCGGCGCCUCCUGCCCAAGCAGCACCGGCUCCUGCCGCCGCCGCUCCCCCACGCAUGGGUGGUUUGGGUAACAAACUUGGUGUACCAAAACCCGGCGGUGCUCCCGGCGGAGGUCUUGGUGGCGGUAUCAAGGCCCCACAGAAGCGGUCGGCAUUCGCUGCGCCACCAUCUCCUCGACGUGCAGAGCCGGAGCCGGAACCGGAACCUAUGGAUCUUGAUGACCCGCCUUCCCCCGAGGAGCAACGGCCAGCACCGUCACGCAUGGGACUCGGACGUGGCGGUCUUCAGCCAGGGGGUCUUGCUGGGCGUUCACUCGCCAAGCCGGUGCCGAUGGAUUACACCCCUACUCCCCCAAUGCCACCUCCACCUUCGGGCCUAUCCCAUAUUGAGCGGGCUGAGCUUGAAGAGCUCCGCGAUGCCAAUGACCGUCUGCUGAAGCAACUCGAGGAUGCUCGUCAUGAUCGGUCGAAACUCUUGUCUGAGAUCCAAGAACUCAAGAACCAAAACGCUUCUUUGAUUGAGGACCAUACCAGGGACGUGCUCUCAAUCAAAGCCAAGGAGACCCAGCUGGUCCGGGCCCGCAGCGAUUUCGAGGCCGCUGAGCAGACAAACGACCGGUUGCGCCGUGAGCUCGACAGGCUUAAGCGGGCUUUGAGCCACACCGAGGAUCAGCUACGCCACGCUAACCGUGCCCGGCCGGGCAGCCCCAGCUCGCCUCACAUCGGUCUUGGAGUGAUGAGCCCGACCCACGACGGCGGUAUCUACAACGACAACGGCUACCAGCAACAGUCAUCGAAUAGGAAUCGUAUGAGCUUUGCCAGCAGCAUGAGCGAAGAAAAGGAGAACGGCGAUGGCAUGAUGUCGGGCGGCUUCCACCAGAAGGUGAGCCCGGAUCCCAGGUACCACCAGGGAGGAAGCGCGGGAAGCAGCGGUCGCGGCACUCCAGCUGGCUUCCGCCAACCGGUGGAGGAGGCUAGGAGCUCCGAGUCGCUGGCAUCCAUGGGCUUUAACAGCUACGGAGCGGAGCGGUCCAGCAGUAGGACUGGUAUGAGGACUGGCUCGAGCAGGCUGCAGGCUCCUUCGAGUGGUACGGCGGGUGGCAUGGAGAGUUGGAAGAGGGCUGCGGAAGUGACGAGUCAGUUGAAGGCUCGGAUAGAGCAGAUGAAGGCCAAGCAAGGUCUCAACCGACCAUAA